GGUCGUGUCCUUCCAGAACAUCUAAAGAUAUGUAGAGACUUCGGAGCAAACAGUUUCAUACAACUUGCGGCUCUCUGUUUCUCUCUCUGUUUACCCACUGCCUUCUCGACAGUAACGAUUCUUCUAUCACCAGCCCGUCAACAUGUCUCUUCCGUGGCUGACCCAGCCCGUCAUGCUGCACUCGAGCCGAGACGCGGGCACCUGCUCUAUGACACCCGAGCAGUGCGCUCUCAAGACCGGCUACUGGGUCUUUUGGUACGAGGCCGACCACCGAUACGGGCUGCCGACCGUCGCCCUAUUCCUCGCCGUCAUACUCUUUGUCGCCGUCGGUGGCUUCGCGGCGACCUAUGCGCCAAAAUCGUUGCGACGCAGGCCGCUCUGGUCGCGGCUUGUAUCACUGGGCCGUCUGAUGGCCUACAAGAACUGGCGUCUUGGUUCCUGGAACAGCCAGUCGCUGGGCACCUACGUCCUCGGAGUAAUAGGGGCUGUCUUCUUCUUCGCGAUGACUCUCGGCCCUCAGCCGUACUACUGGCCCAACACGCGAAAAAUCAGCUUCGGCAACUCGCCGCCCAUAGCCACCCGUGCCGGAUACAUGGCCUUGGCAUGCAUGCCGUUCCUGUUCGUCCUCGGCGCCAAAGCAAACCCGGUUUCCGCCCUCACCGGGAUCUCUCACGAGAAGCUCAACAUCUGGCACAACUGGGUCGCGUGGGCCAUGUUCGUCCUGGCACUCGUCCACACGUUCCCGUUCAUCGUGUUCCACGUCUGGAAGGGAGACAUCGUGAUGCAGUGGAACGACGGGGGAACGUGGGUCACCGGCGUCGUCGCGCUCCUGGCCCAAGCCUGGCUGACAAUCAUGUCGAUUCGUUGGAUUCGAGACCGGUAUUACGAGUUCUUCAAAGCCACUCACCUCCUCGCCGCGGCCGUCUUCUUCGUCUUCUUCUUCAUUCACUGCGACUUCCGCCUGACGUCGUGGGACUACUUCAUCGCAACGGCCGUCCUGUAUUCCCUCUGCUUCUUUUACGCCCAGACCAGGACCUUCAUGGAGCACGGCGUCCGCCGCGCUCGGCUGUCCCUUAUAACGCCAAGCUGCCUUAUGGUCGUCGUGGAGACCGACACGCGGUGGACACCGGGCCAGCACGUCUACCUCCGGUUCCUGACGGCCGGCGUCCACGCGCUCACCGCGCAUCCCUUCACCAUAUGCUCCGUGCCGCGCCGCGGAGAGAAGAGCGAGAUGGUCUUCUACGUCCAGCCCAGGAAGGGGGUAACCGGUCGACUGGCCGGGAUUGCAGCAAAGGCCCCCGGAGUUUCGGUUCCUGUGCUCCUCGACGGACCGUACGGUGGGGUGACGGCUCGGUGGUUUUCCGGAUUUGAUCGGACAUUGGUGGUAGCCGGCGGCGCCGGUGCGGGAUUCUCCCUCCCGAUCAUCGAGCAUUUCCUCCAAUCAAGUCGCAACAACAAGUCGGAGAGUGAGAUGACAGUCGUCAUCGCCACUCGCGACCCGAACUUUAGAGAGUGGUACUGUGAGGCCCUCGAGUCCGCGGUCGUACGACAGCAAAAUGCCAGCGACACCAAGUCGCCAAGGGUGUCCAUCCACUAUCACGAAACUGAAUGCUCUGUGUCGAAUGAUUCGGGCUCUUCAGAACCUGGCACGUCAAUAAAAGCGCCCACCAAGACCGUCGAAAAGGAGCCUGGUGCAGAAGACGCCGAUUGUUGGGUAUCGGACUCUGGGUCCGUCAGCCUUCGAAGAGCCGCCGGGCGGCCCGACAUUCUCUCGCUAGCCAGGCGCACCAUGGAGAAUGAAGGAAGUGUCGGAGUGCUAGCCUGUGGACCUGCGCCCAUGGUCUUCGACGUAGGACGAGCUGCCGCCGAGGGACAGAGACGCAUACUCUCCGGCGGGCGUGGCGCGAGCGAGGUCUGGUUUUACAAGGAAAGCUUCUCGUAUUGACCCGGUCAUGGGUUUCAUUCAGGGGGCGCGUCACCCAAAGUCCAAUACGUACAGAAGAAGCCAAGCCCUGGUUUGCAAGUCUAAGAGACGCACGCAGGUUGGCGGGCGCUGAUAGACCGGAUGUGAUGCACGUCAGCUUCCCAGCACCCUUUCAUAGGCUUGUGAGACAGACAUGCUGCCACAUACUUCUUUUUUUAGCCGUGUAUCAGUCAAAAGGGGCAGUGUGGUGGCAAAUUGCGGUGUACAGGCAGACCAGAGUCUCUUUUUCCGGGACUGGGGAGUGGCCAGAGGAAGCUCGUGUGCGAGAUGCGAACUGCGGUAAUUGUUGCAUCGACCGUUGAGGGAUUCCAGGAUAGAGAAAAUGGGUCUUUUGUGAAUGCCAGCGGCGAAAAUCUUCAAUACUCUUGUGUUUUUGAGCUUUUAACUACUUGUAUGUAGUCUUGUGUCUUUAGAAUGUUGGCUCUCUCUCAUCUUCCGGCAACAGAAUCCAUGUCUGCUUCUCGGCAAUACCCCAACAAAGACGCAGUGUUACCACAUUGCUACGCAAUUACCUGUAGGCAGAGAAAAUGGAGUCAUAUCAUUGGCGUUGCCUCACCCUUGAC